UUAAGUUCUUGAUCAGAAAGGCGAAAUAUUUUUUCUGAAUUUACUGAGAUUGCACUGUAAUUGCCUUUAUAAUUAUUCGUGGUGAUAUUACAUGGAUGGAGAUGUAUAGAAAUAAUGAACAAUCGAAUGUAGAAUAAAAAUGGAAUACCCAGCUAGUACCACAUGCCUUGAUAGAUCAGAUCACAAAUCAAUCAAUACUCACGGAAGAAGUAUAUAUAGAGUACAUACAUGUAUACUGUAGUUCUGAAUUGAACAUCAAAUAUUGAAGAUGAGUGGAAGAGACUUGAAGACAUUCAUGAACACCCACCGAGGGACCUCGGCAGAAGCAGCAAAAUUGGUUACCAGAAUUACAGAUGGCAUCCAUAGUAACAAAUAUAAAGCAGUGGAUUAUGAUCAACUGAAGGCAUUUGCCGCUGAAAAAAAGUUUGAAGGUCAAAUGAAACUUUCGAAACUUCGAAAAUUUGAGCAAAUCUCAAAGCACAAUAAAGAACAGAAUCUCCUGAAGCAGCAUCACCUUAUAUGGAAAAAGGAAUUUAUGAAAUUGAAUAAUCAACGUAAAAAACUGCAAGCUGAGAUUGAGAAUUUGGUGUUAAACAAUUCAGAUGAAUACAUAUUCCAAAGUCUUGGUGACUAUGAAGUUGAUCUCAUGGAUAGUUUUAACAAGUUUAAAAUUCAAACUGCUGAACCCAUAUGGACUUUAAGGGAAGAUCUCCAGUAUUGGGUGGCAGCUCACAAUAACAAGCUUGAAGAUGAUGCAUCACAAAGUCAGCACUCUGAGAUCUCUGUCAUGGUAGAGAAUGUGAAGGAACAGCAGCAGAGAGUUCUUGAACAGCUAGAGAAUGAGGAGGCAUCAUUGGAGGGGGAACUACUAGCAGCAUUUCCAGAUCUAGUCCAACCAAAUGAUAAAGAUGUAGAGACAGGUAUUCCUACUGAGGCAUUUGAGCUUGAAUGCCCACAUGAUGACCUCAAGGUGAAGGUUCUGCAAGAGUUUAUAGCACUGGAUGAGAGGCACCAGGACAGACUCAUUGACCUAGCAACACAACAUCCAGAUGUUGUCAUAAAUGAUGUGCCACAUGGAAGCUGGAGCCCAGAGGAUCAUUUUGUGUAUGCUGCAAUAUCAGAGCAAUACCCAAGUGGCAUGACCAACAGACGUCUAUAUUUCCUGGAUAGAAUGAAGAUGCAUCUUCCACAUAAAACUAAAGCGAGUGUUAUAUCUCAUGACCAAUGGUGGCUGCAGUAUAAAUAUUACCAUGACAGGAGGAAGGCUAUUAUACACGACUGGCUUAGAGAUCGCAAGGAGCUCUUACAGAAGACAAGGGCUGUAUUUGCUGAGGCGUGUAUAGAACAAGAGAUGUUGGAAGUGAAGAACAAACACAAAGCAAUGCAGCAGCAACUCUGUUCCUUGCUUUAUGAUCAGGUUUCACAAUGGAAGGACCAAAAGUUGGAGGCCCAACAGUUGGAAGAAGAGCUGUUGGCACGGCAACUAGAAGAUGAGCAAGAACAGCAGAAAGUAGUUAGUGAACGGGAGAAAAAACGAAGAGACAAAGAAAAACAAGAGGUGCUGCAGUUUAACAAGAAGCGUGCUGAGGAACGCGAGAAAGCAGAGGCAUACUCACGACAGCGUCUAGAGGAAUUAAAGGCCUUAAUGGCGGAACAGGCUGAAUAUGAUAAGGAAAGAGUUAAAUUCCGAGAAGAUCAAAUACAGAAGAAACAGGAGGAGAUCCAGGAACUAAAGGAGCAAGCUGAGGGAGAAAAGAAACUACAGGAGGCAAGACUAGAGGCUCUUAGGGAGCAAGUUAGACCCAAUGUGGAAGCUGAUCCAGCCAGGGUAGCUCAACAAACUCAGGCAUGGUUCAACAGACAAGUUGCAGAGGACAAUAUUGUGAUAAAGAAGCCUCUCUUUGAAGUUAACAGCUUCACAGCUAAGCAGAUUGGAUCUGAUGCCAGGGUGAGGCUUGAGUCAAAGUUAAGAGAGGCAGGGUUACAUAACACAGACUAUGCCAGGAGUAUGCUGAAACAAAUGCAACCACCUCAGGCACCUAGGAGAGAUAUGGAGUCUACUGUCUUCAAACUGCCGAAACCCCAAGAUAACACAUAGGGCACCAACAAAGACAGCUUGAAAGUAUUCAGUCUCAUUAACAGAACAUUCUUAGCUACAAAAAUGUCUAUUCAAAUCAAUUGUUCUCACCAUGAAUAUUAAGACAGCAUGCUUCAAGGACAGUCAUAUCAUUUCAUAUUAGAUCAUGGACGUUAAUGAAUGGAUAGGAAGGAGUGGAAUAUUUUAGGAAACUGGUCUCACUCAAUGUAGUUUCAGUCCAAUAAGGUGGAUAUGCAAUUUUUUUGUUCAAAUAUCACAAUCACCUUAUAUCUAACCAUCUCAGAAAUAAUGCCAUAUGUGAAGCUUAUUUGAUUCUCUUUGGCUUGUGCUAGAGUUAUUUUUUAUUUUUUCGUAACUUAAUUGUGAAAACUACAAAUCAAUUUGAAAAACAAAGGCCAAAAAUCAAGCAGCACCAUUCAAAUAUGACGAGUUUUACCUUAUAACAGUAAGCGUAAUCUCAUGUAUAAAGGUAACCAUAUAAAUCCCAUCUGAAAUUUUCUCACCUUUUAAAUGAAAUUAUUUUUGAGAUGACUGAACAAAUGAUUGCUGAAAUGCCCCUGGUGGAUAAAUAAGGGGCAAGACCAUUGGGGUCAAUGGGAGAACUAUCCAUUUGUCCAUGUUCAUAAGAUGAAUGAAAAGAUAAUCAGUUACCUUUUGUUUUAAGUAAAAUAAGGUAUUGAUCUUUGGACAAACUUUUACCUUUAUUCACGAAGCAUUAAAAAAAUUAGGUCAAUUGCAAUUUCAAUUUUAACGUUUACAAAAAGAUGUCAUUGAAACUGGAAUUGAGUACAAUGAACUCUGGUGAUUUUUAAAGCAGUUUACAAAUGCUGGCAUUUCUGUAAACUUUUGAAACACAUGUAUGUUGAUGUUAAUGCUCAAAAUGUAAAUAAACACAAUUAAAUAUUUAUAAACUGUUUCUAUUUCUUAUUUAUACAAUGCUAUGUUAUAGCUGUUUACAACACUGACUUCAUUACACGACAAGGCAUGACUAAAUUGUGGUAGUAUGCAGGUUGAUUGAAUCCUCUAUUAUUGAAUUGUGUUUUCAUGUAGAUUCAUUUUCCUUGCUUAAAAACUGACAAAUGAAAUAAAACUGUGCAUGUAAUAUCAGAUGUAUAUAAGUGUCACUCUUUGGAGAGGUUUAUCAGCAAUAACUUUGGCAAAAUUCUGCUUUACUCUUGUAACUGCCAAAUACAAGCAAUUACUGCAAAAAUUCUCACAUUUUUCACAUUU